GGAGAAAGUAAGCGAGAGGAUGUAGACGCGUGGAAGAGACAACGCGCCCCUUGACAUAGGCCAUUUUCCGCGGCGUCGAGGCUGAAAGGGCUUAUUUCUUCAGGGGCGAAUGUGUUAGCGAGUUCCUUUGCAGAUUGUAUUAAGGAUCUCCAAAGCUCGUUUUCCUCGCCACGUUCGGCGUAUCGAAAAGUAGUUCGAUACGCAUCGUCGUAUUGUCAUCGAUUCUCAUUGACUUUCGUAAACUGGAACGGAAGCAACAAGUAAGCGAAUCGGAGAUCGGCUCGCUGAGUAAGGUCCCUCCUAGGAGUCGGGAAAAAGGGACGGCGAAGAGACGUUAUUGCGAUAUAAUUACAUUGACACGAUGGCAGAAACGAUAGAAAAAAUAGAUAUUAUAAGUCUAGAUGAUACCGAGAUACUCAUAAAAGAUGAGACUACAGAGAUAUUAUUUGAUGCGAAUGUGUCACAGAGUGAAGCUGUCGUAGUAGCCAAUGCAGAUGAUAUGAGAGUUAUAUCAGAAAAUUGUCAGAUUAUAUCAAUUAUAACUGAUUAUGAGUGUGUGACAUGUCACCGUGUCUUCCAAUCUGAAGAUAUGUUGAAAGAACAUUUGGACAUGUGUAGAGAGGAAGAUGAUUCGACCAAUAUUUUGGAAUUAAAUAAUAUGGAGAACUAUGAGUCAGAAGAAGAGAAUGAGGAUGAAGAAGAAGAAGAAGAGGAAGAUGAAAACUAUAUUCUCCCAGAUUUUACUGAGGAGGAUUCUGACUCCAGGAAUCAAAAAAAUAACAAUGAUAAACCUGUGAUUAAACCAGUACCUGUCACGCAGUGUCACUGUUGUGCAGAGGAUUUAAAAACUGCACACAAUGGUGGAAACUUCCAGUGCGACCAUUGCGAGCUUAGCUUUAAGAAGAAAGUAUCUUUGGAGAGGCAUAUUAUUGUUAUACACUGGAAGUGCGAUUCUUGCACAUGCACCGUGUGCGGAUCUUCUUUCCGCGAUAAGAAAGAGCUGAACAAACACCGCUAUACAACACAUGGUGAUCGCAAAAUUUUCAAAUGUGAGCCUUGUGACACCUACUUCUCCCGGAGCUACCACUUAAAUCGACACAUAAUGCAGUCAGGUUGUCAUGGCAAUAUACUUAAUACAUUUAGUUGCCAAGUUUGCAAGAAAGUUUUUACGCGCAAAGAUAACUUGCGAGAACAUCUGCGCACGCACGCUGGAACUCCGCAACGGCAAAAAAAGCCGUGUAAGUAUUGCCCGAAGGAGUUCUUCACGAGUCAACAAUUGCUGAUACACGAGCGCAUGCACACGGGCGAACGGCCCGUGCAGUGUGACUUGUGUCCGAAAACAUUCCUGUCGGCGUUGGCGCUGAAGAAGCAUCGUCGUGUACAUACCGGGGAGAAGCCAUUUGAAUGUAAAUAUUGUCAGAGAAAGUUCGCCGCUCGUGAAACAUUGAAUCGUCAUCAACGUACCCACACCGGCGAAAAACCACAUGUCUGCCAGUACUGUGGCAAAUCGUUCAUACAGGCGUCCCAAUUAAGGGCGCAUAUAUUUCACCACACUGGCGAGAAUGGUUUUUACUGCGACGUGUGUGGUAAAGCGUUUAAUCGAAAAGCACGCUUAAAUAUCCACAAGAAAUUUGUGCAUGAAGGAGCGAUCCCAUUCACGUGUAAAAUUUGCAGCAAAGGUUUCACACGUAGGGAGGAUCUGGUAAAGCACUCGCUACUGCAUUCGGGAAUUAAACCGUUCAAAUGUGACAAGUGUUCGAAAGCCUUCUCGGCGAAGUCGUCGCUGCAAGCUCAUCUCAAUACCCACAGGCGCGAGCCUCCCCAGUCCUGCGUCGAGUGCAACAGAGUGUUUAUUCGGCAGGAUUGCUUAAUGAGACAUAUUCGGGCGAAACAUCGGGAGUUGUUGGAAGACGUUAUGAACGAGGUCGAGAGGAAGCAUCUACAAACGCAAUUAUAUAAUAUUGCGACGAUCGCCGCGGCUAAAACGAAAAGCGGCGAAUCUAGGACGCUUACUAUCGAUGAGCUAUUGAAGGCUAUCAUAGAUCUCCUAAGGAUACUUAUUGACGAGGAAACGUUACAGCUGUUUGGUUGGCCAGAAGCUCCGAUACAAGACGUCCUCGAAGCUGUGAUUAGAAGAUGCGGACAUGAGCCAGUAACAUCGGAAUCUUGUGUAGCCUUCACUGAAAGGCUACGAGAAAACGUUAAGCUUUUGUUCACAGUAGUAAUCGAAGAUGAUACAGUGAAAUCCCUUUUGACGACGAAAACAGUAGAUGAUGUCAUACUUCACGUUCUAGAGAUAUCUAACGGAGCGAAGAAUUAAAGGGAAAGAUAUGUAAGCCACAGAACAGUUCGCUUUUUUCACGGUAAUAUCAUCGGUAUACACAGAAAGAUAAACUUUGGGAAAAUACGAUCGUAAAUGCAGUCGGGAGGACAAAAUAUUUCUAAAUUAUCUUAUAGUCCGUAAAUUGAUGCAUAUUUUUUAUUAAUUAAUAUAUAUGAAAUAUAUUUUGUGAGUUACAUUAAGGAGAGAAUUGGGUUGGAAAAAUUGGUACCCAUAUUAUACAUAUAUACAGGGUGUCCCGCGUAAGACGGACCAAAGGAAAAAUAUAAGUAGAACACAUAAAAGUAAACAAAAAUUGUAUAGGUCAUUUUUCAAACAACCACGUAAAAUUUCGAGAUAUUAAUUAAAAUAGUUGGACAAAUUAGAACGCGCAACGCGACAGGCGGGACAUACGGCUCGCAGCGGUCGACGAAGAAAAUGGACAAUUGCUCGUGGGCUUAUAAGCCAGAGUGGUGGGCCGUUUGGCAUACGGAAAUUGAUAGCUCCGUGUGUGCGUGAAUGUGUGCGCUCGUCCAUUUUAUUCGCUGACCGCUGUCGCGUCGCGUGUUCUAAUUUGUCCAACUAUUUUAAUUAAUAUCUCGAAAU